AAAGCGGCAUCGGCAGCACGUUGUUUCAAGCCAGCGCGAGCUGUCGCGCGAGGAAAGGUGUUUUCUGGUCAAGCCUUUUGAGGGAUUUUGAAAGCUGGGGCGAAUUUUGUACACCGUGGUUUUCCGUACACUUAUGCGUUAGUAUCGCGUUUGUUCUCUCGAUCAUUCCGCUGUGCCUUUUGCGAAGACCGACAACCUCGGAUCGCCUCCGUCAUGUCGGCCAUAAUAAGCAUCCUAGAAGAGAUGGGGUUCUCAACUGAGAGAGCGAAGAAGGCGGUGGAGGUCUGUGGUGACCAGAACGUGGAAGCCGCCAUGGAAUGGCUUCUAGCGCACGCAGACGAACCGAUGGACACCGCCGACCCGGCCGAGCCUGUGCCCAAAGCGCCCGCACCGCAACCGCAGGCUGUGGGUGCGGCUGCAGAGUCUGUAAGCCACACUGCGGAGCAUAAAGACCAAGCAGGAGAAGCCAGUAAGGAAUCUGUAUCUGAAGCAGCCGCAGCAGCCGCAGCCAAGAGUUUCAAGUGUGACGAGUGUGGCAAGCUCUUCAGGAGUUCACCAGAAGUAGAAUUCCAUGCCGUCAAGUCCGGACACAAAAGUUUCUCCGAGUCCGUGGAAGAGGUCAAGCCACUUACCGAAGAGGAAAAGCAGGAACAAGCAAGAAAGCUGGAAGAAAAGAUACGGCAACGGCGGCUAGAGCGGGAGGAGAAAGAGAAGAAGGAAGCCAUCGAGCGAGAAAAGGAGCGCCGGAAGUUUGGCCAGGAGAUUGCCACCACUCGGCAAAAGAUCGAGGAACAGGAAAUGCUGAAGUUGGCCGAAGAAAAGAAGAGGGAGAAGAUGGAAGCCAUGCUAGCAAAAAAGAAAGUACUUGAGGACAUUGAAAGGGACAAGUUGGAGCGGAGAGAGAAAUUUAACAUGGGAGGUCCCCCUCCUCCAAGCGUGGUCAAGCCUGCUGCUCCAGUUGCACCAUUGGAGCCAAAGAAAGAGUACGACCAAUGCAAGCUUCAGGUGCGCCUAACAAACGGGCAGACGUUGACGCAAACCUUUGGAGCCCACGAAGAACUGGCAGCUGUGCGACUCUACGUGGAGCUGAACAGGACAGACGGGGACUUUCCUUUCACGCUCAUGACCAGCUUCCCAAGGAAAGUAUUCACCGAGGAGGACUACAACAAGCCCCUCAGCGCCUUAGGCCUCGUUCCAUCCGCAGUGGUGAUCUUAACGAAAGCUAAGUGACUUAGCUGGUGUGCAAUUGAGACGACUACAAGGCAAGCAACUUCGGAAGCCAAAUGUGCUGCUGCAGUGUGCCGUCGCCGAGAUUUGUAUAUUAACGCUGACUGUGCUGCGCGCAAUAAAACUCCAGUUCCUGUCGUGCUUCAGGAAGCAUGGCGGGCACUUUUCCUACA